AUGACUCAAAUGGACGGCGCUUACGCCGACGAGAAGGCAGUGGUCGAGCACAUCGAUGAGAUUGCCGACCUCGAAUCUUCUAUCGAUGCAACUGCCGAACGCAAGCUUGUGAUGAAACUCGAGUAAGUCGACUGCUUCCUUUCUCGUAGCUGUUCUCUUUUCAGUGGGCAGAAUGCUGCAAAGAUGAGGGCCCCUCCGAGUCCUUUGCGGGCGAGGAUCGCUUGCCGCAGCUCGGGGCCGCUCGAAGCUCCUUCAGCGACAGGCACAAUGAUCUAGCCGCCAUCGAAGCGAGACGCUGAUCACUAUUGCAUCUACCAUAGCCUCUGGAUCUUGCCCCUAGUAACCCUCAUGUUCUUGCUCAACUUCAUCGGUACGUCUCCAGUAGGUCUUUCUGGCUGUAACUCCAUCCGGUUCCUGACCUCCUGCGCUUUUUCGCGGCUCCAAAGAUCGAUCCGCUGUCGGGAACGCGAACGUCGCUGGACUCUCCAAGGACCUCAACCUCGAUGGAUAUGAAUACAAUAUUGCACUCAUGGUAAGGAUUGGCUUGCUUCGACUUCUUGGGUCAUCUUUCCUCGAGCUGACGGGCCCUUUUUUCUUUCGCGCCUGCUUUUCCUUCCCAAAUGUCUGUCGGAUCUGGGAUUGUGACCCCUUGCACCCGUUGCUGCAUUGACCGCACGUAAAGAUUUUCUACGUUGCUUAUGUGGUGGUGGAACCUUUUUCUAACUUGGUAAGCUCGGCAGAAGGGACGAGGGAUAGCGCCGCGCCGCGCGAGGACAGGGGCGCGCUAGAUCUGUGCUGACAGCCCACGCAUUCUUCGCCACUGGUAGGCCCUCAAAAAAGUUGGAGGCAUGUGGCUUUCGGCUUUGGUCGUCAUGUUCGGUGUCAUCACGAUCGGCUCGGCCUUCAUCAAAAACUAUCACGAGUUCUUGACCGUCCGCGUUCUACUCGGGCUGGCCGAAGGUGGAGCUAUUCCCGGCAUCGCCUUUGUCCUGGGUCGCUUCUACCGUCGCCACGAGCUCGUCUUACGUAUCGGUAUCUUCCUUGGUAAGCUAUUUUUGUAUUCCCGAUCAAUCGACUACUCUUGUGACCGAAUGAGCGACUAAUCUUGUCAUCUUCCACUGACCAGCUCUCGGCCCCUCGCUGUCCGGUGCUUUUGGCGGUUUACUCGCUGGUGCUUUGAUCAAGCAGACGAUUGGAUCUGUAAAGGGAUGGCGCUGCAUCUUCCUGGGUAAGUGCCACAUGCUUCAAGUCCUGUCUUCGACUUUGCUGCUGACACCAUUCCCUGGUGAUCUACUGCGCGCGGAACAGUCGAAGGCAUCAUCACCACUGCUGUCGGAGUCUUGAGCUUCUUCCUCAUCCCCACGUCCCCUGAAACUGCCCGCUUCUUGAACGAGGCGGAACGCGCUUUGGCUGUGAAACGCGUUGCGAUCGAACAGUUAGGCGCGCAGAAGGACAAGACCAACUCCAAGUCGCUUAAGCAUGGCCUGAGCAACACGCUCACCUGGCUUUGCUGCCUCGGAUAUGGCUUCAUCAACAUCCAAGUUCAAGGAGCCGCACUCUUCUUGCCUACCGUCAUUCGUACUCUGGGCAAAUUCACGCCCGUCGAAGGUGAGUCUCGAGUUCACCAGGACGGACGUCCCUUGCGGCUCCAGGAUUUCAUGUGAAGCAAUCGCGUUCGGCCUCGAGAAAUGCGUACUGAUUGGAUCCGUUCUUCUCGUGGUAAUCAGUUCAACUUCGCUCUGCUCCCCCUUACGUCCUCGCCACGUUCUGGUCCAUCUUCAUCUCAUGGCUCUGCCAGCGCACUCGCAAGCACGGCAUCUGGAUCGCUCUCACGUGCUGCUUCAGCACGAUCGGAUACAUCCUCUUCUUGACCGUCCAUAACAACAAGGUGCUCUACUUUGCAACCUUCAUCACGUACUCGGGUGCUGUACCCUGUGGUCCUAUCUUCCUGAGUUGGGCCGUAGCCAACGCUUCCCCCGAAACCUCUCGCGCAAUCACUUCGGCCCUGGUCCCAGCGGUCGGAACAUGGGGUGAGUCCCUCACUAGGCUCUGCAUGAAAUCGGACUAGGUGACUAAACUUUAUUUGUGUCAUUGAUCAGGAUCAAUUGUGGCGACAUGGGCCUAUUUGCCCAAGUAUGCACCCCGCUACAAGCCCGGAAACUCGCUCAACGUCGCGGCCGCUGUCAUGCCUGCGUUGAUCGCUCUGGGCAUCACCGCGUACUGCAAGUGGGAGAACAAGCAGCGUGACGAGGGCAAGCGCGAUCACCGGCUCGAAGGACUGACUGAGGCGGAACAGGUCGCCCUUGGCUUCAAGCAUCCCGAGUUCCGCUAUUUGAUUUGA